AUGUCGCUCCCCGAGCGGCCGGGCAUGGUGAGUCCCCAGUAUGACCGCCGGACUGCUUACCGGCAGUCUUCUUCGACGUCGAGACGCCACCGUCCGAGCGACAUCGAGACCGGUGGUUUUUAUCCAGCCUCUGGAGGGGGGAUGUCCUCACAUCAACGUGCGCCGUCUGGAAAUUCUUUCGCUGAGACGAUCCGCAAUCCUAAUGGAACCACAGAGAAAUCGCCUCUUUCCCCCACCGGCCUGGAAGAACCCUCCGCGGGCAUGCCCUCGCGCAAGAGAAGCCUCAUACGGCCUGAGAGAAACAGAAUCGAUAAGGACCACCCAAACUAUCACUACCGAAAGCAUGCCGCGAAUAUGGAUACCCUCCCGUCCUCUACCGGCAACGACCCGAUUUUUGAAGAUAUUGAGGGGAGGACUGACCUGUCUGCGGACCGGACCGUUGAUGGCGCUUCCGACACCUCGCCCCCUCGAAGGCAAGGCAGCGGGGAUAGCGAGAAAAACAAAUCCAAGUCUGCCAAACGCAGGCGGCGUUCGUCGGGUGCCAAAUUAUCGAAAUCGACCAGGGAAGCUAAGCGCCGAGCGCCGAAGGAGACGAUUAGUCCUCCGAGCAUCUGGAACGUGUACUGCGCCAUCAUCACGUUCUGGUGUCCCGAUUUCAUCCUGAGCUGCUGUGGCUUUCGUGCGAAGGAGCAGAGGAGAGCCUGGAGGGAAAAGAUGGGUCUCAUCAGCAUCAUCCUCUACAUCAUGGCCUUCGUCGGGUUCUUGACCUUCGGCUUCCAGCAGACUGUCUGCGCCGCCGCCGGCGUCCGUCUCCAUGCAAACGAGGUGUCCAACGGUUACAUGAUUUUUCACGGAAUUGCUUACGAUCUGACUAGAUCCGGCCACCCCCCGGCUGAUGGUAUCCCGCUCCACGAGGACGGGUCGUUUUCCAACGUUUUAUACGACUUGCCUACCAAAUACGGCGGCAUGGAUGGCAGCUUUCUUUUCCAAAAUGUCAAUGGCAGAUGCAAAGGGAUUAUCACGCUUGCGGACGGGUCGCCCGUCCCUCACGACGAAAGCGAUCGAGAUGAGCUUGCCUGGUAUUUCCCCUGUACAGCGUUCAACCACGACGGCUCGUCGACGCCGAACUUUACGAGCCCGUUCUACACUGGUUACGCAUGUCAUACUUCCCAAGUCGCCCGAGACACGUUCUAUCUCAGGCUCCGCGGCACUGGCGACGUAUUUUACACUUGGGACGACAUUAAGAACAGCUCGCGCAAUCUGGUCGUAUAUUCUGGGACUGUUCUUGAUCUAGACUUGCUGAACUGGUUCAACGAAGACGAGGUUAACAUUCCGGAUCGUUUCAAGGAGCUGAGAAACAAGAACUCUGCCGUUAACCGGGCCAUCCAUGGCCGCGAUAUCACUCGGGCUUUCCAGAAGCCUGCGGAUAAGCGGAUCGCAGAAUGCCUCGAGGAAACCAUCAAAGUCGGAACUGUGGAUACGGACACCGUCGGAUGUAUCGCGUCUCAAGUGGUACUUUACGUGUCUCUGAUAUUGAUUCUCUCGGUCGUGCUAGUCAGGUUCGGUCUGGCUCUGAUAUUCCAAUGGUUCAUCAGCCGCAAAUACGCAGCUAUCAAGACGUCGCAAACGGCAGACAAAAAGAAGCGAAACCAGCAGAUCGAGGACUGGAGCGAGGAUAUCUACCGAGCUCCCCCGCGAAUGUUCGGCGAUGUUAACAGCAGCGUCGGGAGUUCUGAUCGCACUAGCAAGCGUACUAGCACUUUCCUGCCCACAACGUCUCGCUUCUCGGCAGUCUAUGGCGCUGAUAGAAAUGUCCGACGGCCACAGCCAACGACCAUGGCCAGCCAGGCAUCCACAGGACCUCUUCUCCACCCCAACUCGAUAUACAAACAGGGCAAUGACAGCAGGUCGAGCAUGCUCCGUUCCGAUCCGUAUGGAAGCUCGGCUAGCCCGACUGACGGAUACGGCCCCUCUGGGUUCAUUCACGAAGCCGUGGUCCCUCAGCCCCCUUCCGACUAUCAACCAUUCGGGUUCCCCUUGAUUCAUUCCAUAUGCCUCGUCACAGCCUAUUCAGAGGGAGAGAUGGGUCUCCGAACCACGCUCGAUUCCAUCGCCAUGACUGAUUAUCCCAACAGCCACAAGGUCAUCCUCGUCAUCUGUGACGGUAUCAUCAAGGGCAAGGGCGAAGCCAUGGCGACUCCCGACAUCGUGCUAGGCAUGAUGAAAGAUCAUACUCUAUCUCCGGAGGACGUUCAGGGUUUCUCGUAUGUCGCCGUGGCCAGCGGUUCGAAGCGGCACAACAUGGCUAAGGUGUAUGCUGGAUUCUACGACUAUGGUGCUAAGUCCCCUAUCCCGAUAGACAAGCAGCAGAGGGUCCCUAUGAUGCUAGUGGUCAAGUGUGGCACGCCGGACGAGGCUGCCAAGGCUAAGCCGGGCAACCGAGGCAAGCGUGACAGUCAGAUUAUCCUGAUGUCCUUCCUCCAGAAGGUCAUGUUCGAUGAGCGCAUGACGGAGCUCGAAUUCGAGAUGUUCAACGGCCUCUGGAAGGUAACCGGUAUAUCUCCCGACUACUACGAAGCUGUUCUCAUGGUCGACGCCGAUACCAAGGUCUUCCCAGACAGCUUGACGCACAUGCUGUGCGCUAUGGUUCGCGACCCUGACAUCAUGGGACUUUGCGGCGAGACGAAGAUCGCCAAUAAGAGGCAGAGUUGGGUCUCGGCCAUCCAGGUUUUCGAGUACUUCAUCUCGCAUCAUCUGUCCAAGUCUUUCGAGUCGGUCUUCGGAGGCGUAACCUGCCUCCCCGGCUGUUUCUGCAUGUACCGGAUCAAGGCUCCCAAGGGCGCACAAAACUACUGGGUUCCCAUCCUAGCCAACCCAGACGUUGUUGAGCACUACUCGGAGAAUGUCGUCGACACGCUGCACAAGAAGAACCUCUUGCUCCUCGGCGAGGAUCGAUAUCUGACUACGCUUAUGCUCCGAACCUUCCCCAAGCGAAAGCAGGUCUUCGUCCCCCAGGCGGUUUGCAAGACCACGGUCCCCGACGAGUUUAUGGUCCUACUUUCUCAGAGACGACGGUGGAUUAAUUCCACAAUCCACAACCUGAUGGAGCUUGUUUUGGUCAAGGAUCUCUGCGGUACCUUUUGUUUCAGCAUGCAGUUUGUUGUCUUUAUCGAGCUGAUCGGAACUCUGGUGCUUCCUGCGGCCAUCGCGUUCACCUUCUAUGUUGUCAUAUCUUCCAUCGUGGGCCCGGAACCACAAAUUAUUCCGCUUAUCCUGUUGGCUCUGAUCCUGGGUCUGCCGGCUGUCCUAAUCAUUGUCACGGCUCACUCAUGGUCCUACGUCGUGUGGAUGUUGAUCUAUCUCCUGUCGCUCCCGGUCUGGAAUUUCGUCCUCCCAACCUACGCGUUUUGGAAGUUUGACGAUUUCUCCUGGGGUGACACUCGGAAGACGGCGGGCGAGAAGACGAAGAAGGCCGGUAUCGAAUACGAGGGCGAAUUCGACAGCAGCAAGAUCACCAUGAAGCGCUGGGCGGAGUUCGAGCGAGAGCGCCGGAUCAAGGACAGCUACUGGGCAUCGAAGGAGAGUGUCGCUGGGAGCAAUUGGCCCGGUACUGGCCCGAACAGCGCACCGUAUCAUCCCUACGAUGAUCAGUAUUAUUCCGAUGCAUAGGACGGAUGGAGGACAAGAUGAGUGCUGGAAAGGGAGCGGAAAAGUGCUCCGGAGCGAGAGAGGAUGGGGGCCGGAAGAAUAAUAGACAGGAGGGAAAGCGGGGUGACGAGCUCACUCACUUACACUAUGAGGAAUCGACGCUGUUGACAAGUUAUGGGUCGGUGGAUGGCGGCUAUCAUCGUCAUCGCCGGUCGUCGCCGGCAGCUUUGUUUUCCGACACAGCUCGACUAAUUCAGUUCGGGACCGCCAGCCACGUGUGUCUGGCGAGGGGCGCGAGAAACCUACCUGAUCACGCCUUAAUCUUGCCCGUCCCCUACCUCAAGGGAGUAUUUGGCGUUUACCCAAUGGUUUGCAAACGACAGACAAAUCUGUACAUACAAAUCCAUAGCUCUCUCCCAGACACGCCGUCUCGCAGAGAAAGGGGGUUUGUCGGUCCCGUUCGCGACCUGAAAAUUAAUUAACUCGGCGAAAUUAGCUACAUGUUUACACUGCUACGUAUCUCGGUCUACAUGCACAGAUUUAUAUACUAGGUGUGAGAUGGCGUCUCAUGUGACGACGACAACGGUUCGCCCGUCCCCUACCCUACCUCACUGCCCCCUCCCCGGCCCGGCCCUACCCUGCUUCUCGCUUCUUCGUCUAGACUCUCUUCUUU